AUGGCCGACGACAAGGAAUUCCCGCCUCCCAAGCCUCCGGCUCCCACCGCCGCAGCUCUGCCGUCCGUCUCUGCCGGUAAAUCCAAUCUGCAGCCGCCACGUCAGUAUCCGUACCGUCAACCGUUUUCCCGCAACCAGCAACACAGGCGGCGCCGGUGGAAACCGCCGAGCGGCCGCCGCAUCUGCUGUUGCUGCUGCUUCUGGUCUCUCCUCGUCCUCCUCGUCGCCGCCUUAAUAAUCUCCGUAGCCGCCGUCGCUCUCUACGUGCUCUACCAUCCAUCUCCGCCGUCGUUCGCCGUCCCUUCCCUCCGGAUCCACCGCCUCAACCUGACCACCAGCUCCGACUCCUCCGUCUCCCACCUCUCCUCUCUCUUCAACCUAACCCUAAUCACCCAAAACCCUAAUUCCCAUUUCACCUUCGAUUACAACCCUUUCUCCGUUACAAUCGUCACCGAUCCAGGUGAGUAUUUGCUCGGGAACGGGACGAUUCCGGCGUUCUCGAGUGGGGAGAAGAACCAGACGUCGUUUCGGGCUAUCGUUGUGACCUCGACGGAGGCGCGUGAGCUCGACGUGACGGAGGUUUCGGGUAUCCGAUCGGUUCUGAAGAGGAAAGGCGGGUCGGGUUUGGAUCUGAAGGUUGUGAUGGACACGAAGGUGGAGAUCAGCAUGGGGAAGUUGAAGACGAGGAAGGUUGGGAUUAGGGUUUCUUGCGAUGGGUUCAAAGGAAGUGUUCCGAGAGGGAAAGGUCCUUCAAUGGCGUCCACUGAUAAAUCCAAGUGUAAGGUUGAUCUCAGGAUCAAGAUCUGGAACUGGACCUUCUGA